UGGAGGUUAUGUAGCUCAAUUGUCAACAAAGUUCAUUUUGUUUUGAUUGAUGAAACUGCUCUUGGGACUAAUUAAACCACCUCCAGUCUCAGUUUAACAUUAAAAAUAAAAUGGAAGAUUACUUAAGUGCGUUAAGUUACUUUUGCCGGACGUGCAUGAGGAUUCCGAAAAACCUAAUCCCUUUAUCGGAUGAUCCACAGCUUACUCAUAAAAUAGAAACAAUCUCGUCUGUAACGAUCGAUGAAAACGAUCAGUUACCCAAAAAGAUAUGCGAAGAAUGUUUGAGAAACAUCAACCUUUUUUAUAAUUUUCGUAAAGUUAUCAUUAAUAAUGAUUCGGACUUGAAAUCACGUCUUGCUGCAGUUUUACUUAUGCCGGAGACUAUGCCUACACCUUCCUCGGACGAUGUUAUAGAGGAAACUGUGCAAAUUGUAUCUCCUAUGAUUGUUAGCCGCAAACCAAGAGGUAAAAAAAAACCACGCCAGGUCAGGGAUUUGAACUUUAAGAAUAUAAUCACUUACAAAAAAAAAUCGUAUGAAUGCAAACCGUGUGGUUUUGUUUGUUCUGAGAUCUCAAAAUGGCAAAAUCACAAACGUACAAAUCAUUAUGCCCGUGGAAUUUGUAACAUUUGCGGUAAAUCACUGAGAACAGAUAAUUUAAACAAACAUAUCAAAUCCCAUAUGGAGGAUCCUAUUACCUGCAAAGAUUGUGGUAAAGUAUUCAAAAACUCUGAAUCACUUCGGUCGCAUGCUUUAAUACAUAACGGUCCUGCAUUACUAUGCACUUUAUGUGGAAAAUCCUACAAAUACAGAGGUGAAUACAAUCGCCAUAUGAAAAGACACAGCUUAAAUGGGAAAAAAACGGUUAAAUGUCCAAUGUGUGAUAAACUGUUUCAUGACAGAAAGCAUAUUAAGCGACAUAUACAGGUGCAUACAGGAGAACGGCCACAUAUCUGUGGAUAUUGCCGGAAAGGCUUUUCCAGUUCUUAUGCAUUAAAAACACACAUUCGUCAGCAUACCAAUGAGAAACCAUACAUUUGUGAACACUGUCCUAUGGCAUUCCCUCAAAAGGUGUCUCUAAUGACGCACAUGAAAUCCAAACACACAGAGUGUGAUGGACAGGCUUCGUAGUUUUUGAUUUUGAGAUUAACAUUGCUAUAGUGUAUUAUCUUCAGUAUCAAUGAAAUUAUCUAUUUUCUAUCUACAAUAAAGACUUAAAGUCCUAUGCCUA